AUGUGGGGCAGUGCCGGGCCAGCCGUUACGCCCGUCGCGCUGCGUGGGGCUGCACACGAGCGGUGCUUGCGAGACCGCGCAACUGCCACCAGCAGAGGGCGUCCUGGUCGAAUACUUUAUUUGCUGAAGCUCAGAAUUGUUAUUCUAAGGAUGGCUGAAAAACCCUCUGCAAAACCAGAACAAUCACCAUCAGAGUCUGGCAAGGAGUCCACAGGUUACAGAGUCAAAGUGAGCCAUAAACGGAAACUGCAAAACAAGGAAACACCAACUGCCAAAAAAUUAAAACCAAGUUCAGAGCCUGUCAAGGAGUCCAUCCCAGCACCCCUGCCUCAUGUUCCAAUACCUGGCCCUAGGGGUGAAGCAGCAGAAAAUCAGAGGAAUGAUGACUCCAUCCCAACACUCCAUCCCAUCAGUGAGUGUCUGAAAACCAUGAAGACCAUAGAGAAGAGAUUGGUCUACACCGAUGAGGACAUUUCCUUCGAGUUUGCUGACCCUGCCGUGUCUGCCAGCACACAAUCAGUGAGUCAUGGCAGCACUCUGCCCAGCAUUAACAAACUGCUCCACAUCAACCUCAACCAAGCCCGAGCCUGCUACAGACAUAAAAACUAUGCAGCAGCUGUGGAGCACUUUUCAGGAGCUCUUGAGCUUUUCAACAGAGGCAUUUCUGUAGAAGAUCUCUCAGAGGCAUCUGCAGAUGAUAUUUCCAGCAUUGCCAGUUUUAUUGAGACAAAGCUUGCCAUGUGCUACUUAAAAAUGAAUAGGCCCAGUGAUGCUCUGACUCAUGCACACAGGAGCAUUAGUAGGAAUCCAGCACACUUCCAGAGCCACAUGCGCCAAGCUGCUGCAUUUAGGGCCUUAGGAAGAUACUCGGAAGCUGCAAGGAGCACCAUGAUUGCUGACUAUAUCUACUGGCUGAGAGGAGGCACUAAACGCCAUACAAGCAAGUACAUCAGAUACUACUGGCAGGCUAUGAUUGAAGAAGCCAUCACUACUGAGUCAUCUUUUUCAGUUCUGUACACACCAUCUGAGGCAGAAAAAAAGGCUCAAAGCAUAAUAAGCAAGAUACAGCACACUUUUGCUGAGAAGAACCCUGAAUACUUGCAGUACCACUAUACAGAUCCUCAGGCAUUUCACAUCUUGCCAAAAUCAACUAAGUGGCUCUCUGGAUCUCCCAGGCUGCACUUUCUGACGCUGGGUUUCAGAAGCAAAACUGUUGGAAAACUCGUGGAAAAGUGGACAAGUAGAAAACUGUCAAUGCUUUCAGACCAGACUGCACCUUUCAAUACUCUCCUGGACAAAGAAGCAGAGAAAUAUUGGAAAAGCACUGGGCAAAAGGUCAUGGCAGCAAUGGAUUUUAUAAGAAGCACCAAGCUAACUGACCCCUGCCCAUGCUCCCGUGCAAUAGAGAAGCUGCAGCAGGCCAGCCUCUUUGGCCGCAUGCAGAGCCUGGAGAAACGAGACCAACUGCUGGAGCAAGUGCUGGCUGAGAUAGCAACCCUUCCCUACCUGCAGGACCUCAGUCAGGAGGAUACCAGACUGCUGGAAUUGCUAAUGGCAGAUGCCAUGGACACCCUUGGAGGAAGAAUUGAUAACCAGCGCGUGUGGAAUCAACUCCUGAAGAUUGGACUUCUUAAAGACUACAUGCAUGAAGAAGAGGAUUACAUCAAGAGCAAAAAGCUGAGUGAAGCGAGGAGAGAAAGAAGGAAGCAGACUCGAAGUUUACAGCAAGCUGAGAGCCCCAGAACGGCACCAAGAACGACACCAGGAGGAACACCACAAACAGCAGGAAAUACAGGAGGAAGCACACCACAAAGCAGAUCACAAAGACUGCCAGAAAGACCACAAAGAACACCGGGAAGCAGAGCACGAAGAACAUCACGAAAGGCGCCACAAAGAUCACGAAGAACAUCAGGAAGCAGAGCAGGAGGCGCAGCAGGAAUUGCACCAGAACUGCUAUCUCUUGUCCGCCCUUGUUCCGUAGUCCUCCAGCGAUUAGACUUUCCACCAUAUCCCUCGGGUAGAUAGACAAAGAAAAGCUCCCUUUCCACUUAGGAACCCUUCCCCUCACUGUCUCCUCUCCCUUGCUGCACCAAACCCAUCAGCGUUUCCAUGGUCUGCCCAGCCUUAGAAAACAAUGCCCUUUACCCAUGUUAAAUAGGUGCUUAGUUCUGUAUUAGCAGUGAAUUGGGUCGCGCCCCAUAGAUACAUUAUUAAAUCGUUCAUUAGAUACCUAAAGAAAGUUUCUCCAGGCUUCUUUCCAGUUAACACAGACACACAGAUUCUGUUCUGCGGUUGGUGAAGCUCAGUUUGGCAGAAUGUUUAUAUUCAAUCAGAUUGGUUUCAGUGAUUUUAGGAAAGGUUUUAGGGAAUUUAAACAACUGGAGAGAGU